AUGCUCUCGAAGGCCGACCGCCUGAUGGAAAAUAUCUACAUAUCCAAACUAGCUCGGUAUUACAUCGAAGAAGACGCGGAAUGGAAAGGCAAGACGCCUCAUUUCUCAGCCUCUCGCCCGCGUUACCUUCCGUCAUACAUUCACUGGCCGCCAGAACGACUCGACUGCCGACUCAAAGAGUCUUGUCCAGACAACCGCACACGAGACGGGCGGUUUUUACCAAGAGGACAUAAGCUAUUCCUCGGAGCCUACCACAUUGCAGCCAGACAACUUGAAGAUGACCAUUACGGGAAGGACACCUGGAACGUCGCAUCCGCCGGCAGUGUUACCGCCAAAUAUCUGCAGGCAUUCGAGCGAAGGGUGUCUCGCCACUUCAGGUAUCAAGUCAAUUUUUCCAAAGAGGUGGUCAUCGAUUUUGUGUUCGCGCUCUGGCUGAAGUAUGGGAACACUGUCCUUACAGAGACUCGCCUAGCGGUGGCCGAAGCGGCGCAACGGCAACGAAACAAGGUGGCGCGGCAUGCAUCGCAGAACGCAGCGAAGGCACUGUCCGUGCAUCCCCAAAGUCACCUAUGCCCGCUUGCGGUGGAACGUGCCGCACCACAGUCCUUGGCGGACAGCGUCGCACCUCUAGUGCCUGUAGCGCAAGGUCCAUCUCAAGCACAGUUUGUAGUUCCAUCGACAUCUAGGGCUAGCAACCCGUCGUUAUCCUCUACGCAUCAGGGCGCCUUGGCAUGGUCUGCGGGCAAUCCGCCUCCGGGAUGCAGUUUUGUACCAAUGCCGGAUGGUCGUCCAGCCUUGCACACACCUCAUUCCAUGGCAAAACGGGACAAGGACGGCGUUCAUCAAUAUGUGCAACGCACAGAAUCAACAUAUGUACGACCGGCACCAUAUGUCCAUGGCCACCCCCAGCGACUUCAUCCGCAUCUGGAUGCUGUCCCCCCUCCUGCGUUCCAGUAA